AUGUCUCUCACCCUCCCCAAACGCCUCGCCAUCGUCCAGGAGAAGGCUGAGCUCAACUUCAAUUCAAUUCAAGACAAAUGUGCCCUUAUUGAGAGGGAGAGCGAGAUGCGCGCAAGCAGGCAGCAGCAGCUCGAAGCACCCUGCCAGCUUAAUGAUGGCCCACCAACCUCACCGAAGCAGGCCACCCAAAUCAACGCUACCUCCACCCAGGCGUCGCUCGUCACCGCAGCCAGGUGUGCGGUUUCGCGGCGGCUACUGGGCGCCAAAAUGUGGUCCCCACGCAUUCCCACGGGGCCGAAUGACCUCACCCUGAUCAAGAUCCUCGUGGAGGAGGUGACGGUUGAGGCCUCGAUACCAAGAAAGGCGUCUACGAAGGAUGCGGAUUCUGCGAAGGAGGGCACGGGGCUAGCAGCCGGCAUUCCAAAUCCACCACCGGCAGCGCUGCUGGCACCGUCGCCGGUCAAGGCUGGUGGAGGGCCAGCGCCAUUGGGCUGGGUGGCGAGAGCAAAGGGCAUCUCCGGGGCGAUGAAGUGGAAAAACUCGAAACAUUUGCUUCCCCUUACAGGCUGGCCACCACUUAUUAGCAACUUUGCAUUUGUCCUUAUACCUGGCUUACAGCAGCAGGGGCACAAUUUCAUGUUAAGGUCGGGGCCGAGUGGGAGAGCAUAG